AUGAAGUACGUACGGUGUGUGCUGCUCACAGGGGCACUAUUCAAUAUUGCGGCAGGCCUCAAGUGCGCCGAUUCGAAAGUACUUUCGCGAUACAAAGUCAGCCAGCACGCGGCUAAGGGCAAGUUCACGGAAUCGACGCCGCCGAGCGAGACAACAGACUUCUGGUGGAUCAAUCUGUGCGAGGAGCACAGCGAGCCGGUGCCGGACAAGUGCAAAGAUGACGCGAUGUUUUGCCACCGGCAGCAGGUGAAGCUGGAUGACGGCAAGGAAUACGUGACACAGGUUUUCGACGUGCCGCGGAACCAGGAGGUGGACGUGGAGGAACUCCGGGACGGUUUCCAAGUGAGCUUCACAGGGAAGUGGGGCGAGCGCGAGCGCAAGGUCAAAGUCCGGUACACGUGCGCGGACGACAAGGCGGAGGACGAGGUCAGCGCGGAGGGCGCCUUCGGCGCACACACCACGCCGGUCGAGGUCGCGUUGCGCGGGCCCUCUGGCUGCAUCCAGGCCACGGAGAAAUCGUCCGGCAUCGGGGGGUGGAUCACGUGGCUAGUCAUUUACGCGGUGCUGCUGACGCUCAUCUACCUGCUCGCCAAAUCGUACAUGAGCGUGGGCCACGGCAGCAUGCAGGACUUCCGCGAGGAGUUUGUCGAGCGCUCGACAAACCUGGUUUCGUCGCUGCCGGAGUUUGCGAAGGAAGUCAUGGGCAAGGUCGUUGGCGGAGGCCCCUCCUCCCGGGGCGGAUACAGCGCAGUGUGA